ACACUGAUACACUCACUGCUCGCUUGUCUCCCUCACUGAGCGGUAUAACGUGCUGGUGGGGCGAACAAGAGCCUCAGUAGUAGUAGACAGUAACAGGAGGGCGUGGAACAGUGGUGGUGGUCGCUGUGGUACCGUGGAGACCCUAGCCAUGGCAGGAAGGGCCUCUGCCACCUUCAAGAGGAGACUAUGGUUGGGUGUGAUGAGCGGCAUGUUCAUUCUGUUUGGAUACUCUGGUGUCAUGUUGUUCUCCUGUCCAUAUAACUCUGCCUACUGCGAGGCGGUAGGCAUGGUUCAGCACUCAGAGCAGGACGCCAACACUCAGGGAAAGGAACUGACGGAGGAGGAGCCACGGAAUGACCGCGGGCCUCCCGCGGGGCCCCUGGUGGUGCUGGUGCUGAGCUCCAUGCCCCGCGGCGGCUCCACGCUGCUCACCGAGCUGCUCUCCAAUAUCCCGGGCUCCGUGGUGAUGUUUGAGCCGCUGUGGCUCAUCGAGAAGACCAAGUGUUACAAAGACCUGGCGUGCGUGCAGCGCUACCUGGCGGACGUGUUCACCUGCUCCUUCAAGGAGAACUUCCAGACCUGGCUCAAGGGGAAGGGCCUGUUCUUCCAACACUUCAACGGUCAGGCGCGGAAGUGUCUUGCUCUGAAGGGAGAGGAGAAGGAAGCCUGCCUGAAGGGCAUGGACCUGCAGGCGCUGUGCGCGGCGACGCCCAUGCUGGUGGUGAAGGUGGUGCGCGCCAGGCUGGCGUGGCUGCGUAACAUGCUGGAAGACUCGCUCAUCAACCUGAAGGUGCUCCACCUGACGCGGGACCCGCGCGCCUCGCUGCGCUCCAUCGCCACCUUCGGGUGGAACAGCGAGCCACACUCGCGGUGCGCGGAGCUGGAGGACGACCUGCUGACGUACGAGGCGGCGCGGCAGGCGUUCCCCGCCAAGGUGCUGCAGGUGCGCUACGAGCGGCUGUGUCUGCACCCUCAGCAGGUCAUCAGGGACUUGUUCCGCUUCCUGCAGGACGACGCCGCGCCGCCCGCCGCCGUCACUGCCUAUGUGGACCAGCACAUGCUGAGCGGCGCCUCCAGGAAGGGCACCAUGUCCACCUUCAGGAACAGCACGGAGGAGUUCCAGGCGUGGCGCUUCAAGAUCAAUGACAAGCAGCUCAAAGUCAUCGAGGCGGAGCCCGCGUGCCUGCGCGCCAUCACACACAUGGGCCACGCCACCUUCGGCUCCGAGGCGGCGGCCAGGAACACCUCCCUGCCGCUCAUACUCAACGCCACCUAGCCAACCCACGCCCGCCACGCCAGCCAGUGACCGCCGCCUCGUCCUCGUCACCGCACACCACCGCCUCCUGACGGCGUAGAGCACCGCCUCCCCGCACCCCUGCACCCCUGCCGUGUUGCUGAUUUCUAUGCACAUUCAUUUGUGUGUGUGUGUGUGUGUGUGUGUGUGUGUGUGUGUGUGAGUGACUACUAUCUUGUAUUGAUAUACAAGAUAGUAGUCACUCACACACACGUGCACGUGCUGAAUUCGUGAUCAUCUAUUUCCAUAGACAGAUGAGAGGUUUGUUGUUUGUGUUUGAACAAAGCCGAGAAACUUCAGAGAGAGAGAGAGAGAGAAUGUGUGUGUGUGUGUGUGUGUGUGUGUGUGUGUGUGUGCACAUUAGUCAUUCUGUACAAACAUAUUCGCACCAGACACCUGCAUCGACACCUGUAUGUCUAUUAAUUAAGCUCAACUUCAUUAGAAAUUAAAACUUUUCAAUACAUUU